CAAGGGAUGGGUACACUAAGUACAUUCAUUACUCUUGCCGCCAUUGUUGGCGUAACGUUUUCGUUAGAAAAUACAAAAAUUGUAAAUACAAAACAAGGAAAAGUUGAAGGAUAUUUAACAAAUAAUGGAUUCCAUUACGAAUAUCUUGGUAUUAGAUAUGGUGUCCCUAAUAAAUUUCGAGCCCCUUCUCCUCCACCGAAAUUCUCGGGUAUAUACAAGGCGAAUAACCCCAACGUGAUAUGUCCCCAAUUUCCAACACAUGAUCCCUUAACAGCCCCUAGUGAUACUGAAGAUUGUCUCGUUCUGAACAUCUACGCUCCAUCAUUCCUCAACACAACCUUCCCGGUCAUGGUGUUCCUCCACGGUGGAGACUUUGGAGUCGGGUCUGGUUCUGCCGCAUUUUAUGGUGCUGAUUACUUAGUCAGUCACAGUGUGAUCGUUGUCACCUUGAACUACAGGUUAAAUGCAUAUGGAUUUCUUAAUCUGGACCUACCAGAAGCUCCCGGAAAUGCUGGGUUGAAGGACAUAAGAGCGGCUUUGAGAUGGAUCAAGGAAAAUAUUGCCAAUUUUAAUGGGGACCCUGACAAUGUGACAGUUUUCGGACAAGGUAGUGGAGGCUUAGCCGCUAUAUACCUCACAUUGACGGAUACCACCAAGGGACUGUUCCAUAGAAUAAUAUCGGAGAGUGGCACCCCCUUCGCACCUCAGUCCUUCGACGCCCAACCGUUGGCAACCGCGAGACAAGUUGCAAAAUCUUUAGGGGUUAAAACUAAAAAUCCCAAGGAACUCUUGAAGAUAUACACUGAAACGCCAGUCAUGGAAGUCGAAGAAGCGAUUGGGAAGCAAAUGAACGCUAAAUCAGUAUUCCUACCAACUAUAGAGACAAUAUUUGAUGACGAGGAGGCAUUCUUGACUGAUACGCCAUACAAUAUCCUAUCAACUGGCAAGAAGCAUAAAUGUUUCAAUCCCGUGCCGAUAAUAAUUGGCAUAAACACGGUUGAAGGAUUGACAAGUACAUUGGAUUACUACACGAUCACCAGCCAAAUGGACAGGAUAAAGAACGAGGACUAUUCAGCGUUGGACCAGAGAAGCUUAAUAAUACCACUUAAAGAGAAAGAGGAAUUCCGAAACAUCAUUAAGGAUACAUUUUUUGCGAAUGCAACGUCAGACGAAGCGUUCGUGGGAGGUAUUAUAAACUUGAACACUGAUUUCUCAUACGUCGGACCGAUUUCUUUAUUCUCCGAAUUAUACGCGAACAGUUCUGGCAUGCCAGUAUAUCAAUAUAUAUUCAGUUAUAUCGGCAAUAGAAAUAUUGGUAGGUUGCUAACGAAUAGCAGCUUGGCAGCGACUGCGAAUAGGGAUGAACUGUUCUACAUCUUCGAGCUGGAACGGAUGCCGUUACCGAUGGACGAAAACGACGCGAGAAUCGUCACAUUUAUGACAAUGAUGUGGACGAACUUUGCGAAGUUUGGUUCACCAACACCGGAUCCCAGCAAUGGCGAGUGGUUACCAUACCACCAUUUGGCAAUCAAUUUAGAACCUCAAUAUGUCGCGCCGUUAACACCGGAGCGCGCGUACUUUUGGCGCCAUUUCUAUUACAAAUAUGGCGCUGAUGUGCCUAAAGAUAAAAAAUGA